AACGCGUCGGGGAAAUCGAGUCGCCGUCGAUUCAGUGUGUAUAUCGGAUUCUCGGUGUAUAUAUACGUACGAUGUAUUUGCCGGUCUUCCAUCUCGUCGCCGCCACCCCCACUCCUCCUACUCCUAGAUCAGACGCGCUCUACCCUGUCUCCGCAUCUCUGUUCAGCGCGCCGAUCGAUCCCAUGGCGUUCACCUGCAAGCGACCCGCCGCGUCCCUCGACGGCCACGCCAGCCAGCCGGGCGCGAUGUGCCGGAAGAGGAGGCGCGUCGUCGUUGGGACCACCUAUGACUACGACCAGGAGUCGCGCCUCGGCGCAGGCAAGUUCGGCGCCGUCGUCAAGGCGCGGUGCCGCGCCACCGGCCAGCUCGUCGCCAUCAAGUCCCUCCACGACCCCGCCGACCCCCACGAGGUGCUGCGGGAGGCCCGCUUCCUCGAGGCCUGCGGCGGCCACCCGCACAUCGUCGGCUUCCGCGGCGUCACGCUCGACUACGUGACCGACGAGCUCUGCCUCGUCAUGGACUACGUCGAGGGCAAGAGCCUCAAACUUCUCCUGAGCGAGAGGGGCGGCGGGCUCCCGGAGGCCACGGUGUGCACCUUCAUGUGGCAACUCCUCACGGCCGCCAAGAAGAUGCACAGGUGCCACAUCGUCCACCGCGACAUCAAUCCUGCUAACAUCCUCGUCGGAGGGGAAGUCGUCAAGAUCUGCGACUUCGGCGUCGCCAUGUCCAUGUCGGAGGCGCCGCCGUACGAGGAGGAGGUUGGCAUGGGCGAGUACCGGGCGCCCGAGAUGCUCCUAGGGAAAGAGGACUACGACGCGCUCGUCGACACAUGGUCUCUUAGGUGCGUCAUGGCGGAGAUGCUCUCGGGCAAGAGGAUUUUCCGGGCCGACGAAUUCAUCUCUCUGUUCCAAAGGAUCUUCCAAGUGGUGGGCGUGCCAGACGACACGACGUGGCCGGGGUUCACGUCGCUGCCGCACACCGCCCCGCCGCCGCUGGUGCCGGGGCAGCAGAGCACGCUGCGAGAUCUGUUCCCGGUGGAGACGCUGUCCGCGGAGGGAUUCGAGGUCCUCAACGGUCUUCUUACAUGCAACCCCGACAACCGGCUGACGGCGGCCGCCGCGCUGAAGCUCCCGUGGUUCGCCACCGUUACUGCUCCUACUGCUGCUGCCAAGAUCGACACGAUGGCGGUGUCCAUAAAGGAGGAGGUGGUGGAGUUCGCUCCGUUGAUGCCUCCCAGAAAGAGAGUCACGGCCAAGAAGACGUUGAUCAGGAAGAAGGUGCCACUGACCGCUCCACCGGCCGCAUGAAGUCGCAGAGAUCUCGUUCUUGUGCCUUGAUCCAUCGAUGCUUAGAACUUUUCAGAUGCAAAAUAGUAUGCUUGGAUGAUAAUUUAGUGCGUCCAGAGCAGAGUAAAUUGUGUCUGGCUGCAUGCAUCGCCCAGAUGCAGAGGCAGGGGGUCUUCCUCCUUUUCCAAAAGCAAAAAAAAAAAUCUGGGCUCUGGCUUUUCGAAUGUUGGUAGAAGAGCUACCAAAUUCAUUGAUUAGAAAGGGUAUUACAAGAACACCCCAAAGGAGUAAUGCUCGUUUUGAAUGCAUAAGGUAGACAAUGGUUUGCCUUUUCUAGUAAAAAAACAAGUGUGUAACUUCCGUCACAUUAGAGCGGUACAAACUGGACAUAUAGAUACAUAUAUUUCACACAAAAAGAUACAUCCACAAGAUCUUGAUACAAGGCAAACACCACAAGAUUUACAAGCCUUACAUUCUGUCUGGAAAGCAUGAAUUUCACUGGAUAUUCGAAAUUAUGUCUAGUACAGAAGACUCAUUUGUCGUGGAUCAGUUUUGUCCACGCCCUUUCUUGCA